GGUUGAACCGAAAGUAUAUCAACUGCACCCGCAAUUCACCUCGAUACAAACCAUCCAGCAAUGGUGUCCUCGGCCGUCAGGCUGGCGAGAGCCAGUUCGAGAGGCAUCACACAUGCCACGGGACGAUCUGCCUUCUCACCGUUCGUCCAGACCCUUGCAGCACUUCCGCAACUCCGCAGCUAUAACUCGUCGCGGCCAUCGUACGCUCCAUCCUCAAAUUCACCUUCCCUCCUAGGACUUGGGUUCUCACCGUCAGGCUCAUCUUCCACGCCGUCGUAUUUCCAGAAACCCUCGCUCCCUGCGAACACUAUUAUUCGCUUUGUUCCGCAGCAGACGGCAUGGAUCGUGGAGCGGAUGGGAAAGUUCAAUCGGAUACUCCAGCCUGGGCUGGCCAUCUUAAUACCCUUUAUCGAUCGCAUUGCAUACGUCAAAAGCCUCAAGGAAGCGGCUAUUGAGAUCCCAAGCCAGAGCGCCAUCACGGCAGACAAUGUGACACUUGAACUAGACGGUGUACUGUACACAAGGGUUUUUGAUGCUUACAAAGCUUCAUAUGGAGUGGAAGAUGCCGAAUAUGCCAUCUCCCAACUUGCGCAAACAACUAUGCGCUCAGAGAUUGGUCAACUUACUCUGGAUCAUGUCCUCAAGGAGCGUGCCAACCUCAACGCCAACAUCACAGCUGCCAUUAAUGAAGCCGCUCAAGACUGGGGUGUCGUAUGUCUGCGUUACGAGAUUCGAGACAUCCACGCUCCGGCCCCUGUUGUUGAAGCCAUGCACCGUCAGGUGACAGCUGAACGCUCCAAGCGUGCCGAAAUCCUAGAUUCAGAAGGUCAGAGGCAGUCUGCUAUCAACAUCGCGGAGGGCAAAAAGCAAUCUGUAAUCCUCGCGUCAGAGGCUUUGAAGGCGGAGCAAAUCAACCGUGCAACUGGUGAAGCGGAGGCUAUACUGUUGAAGGCGCAAGCCACGGCUGAAGGUAUAAAUGCGGUAGCCAGGUCGCUACAGCAGGGCGAAGAUGCGGCUCAGGGUGCCAUAAACUUGAGAGUUGCAGAGAAGUAUGUGGAUGCGUUUGGGAAACUGGCCAAAGAAGGCACGGCAGUGGUUGUGCCGGGUAAUGUUGGCGAUAUUGGUUCGAUGAUAGCCACGGCCAUGAGUGUCUACGGGAAAGUCAGCGAAGGUCAAGCCAAGCAGUUGGCUCGGAAGCUGGUGAUGGAUGAGAGCGGAAAGAGCAGCGAAAUCCAUGCAAAUAAUUCUGUUGGCUCAGGAUCUCCUGGGUCAAGCGAGGUCGCUAGCGAGGUGCUCGACAGCUUUGAGAAAACAACUGAGCGGAGAUAGGAUGACUAUUCUGCACUCAAGUGGAAGUAUGGCUAUGAUCACGGUACACAAAAAAAAUGUAACAUUAGCAACGAUAGCGUCUGUCUCCGGACUAGCGACCUGAGCGUUCUCAGCUCAUCUCCCUUUUGUCUAUAUAGCAUGUAUAAUGCGAUGGCAUAGCUGCAG